ACCAGUUAAGAUCUUCGUCUCGUAUCUAUCGCAAAACAGUCCAAAUUGUCUGCUCGUUGGUUGCACAUCGCGCUCGCUUCCCGUCUUUAAACGGAACGUAGUGCCUAAGGACUACACUUGAAGGAUAACCACCUACACACACUCACACACACACACACACACACACACACACUCAUUUACGUUCAAUAUGGCGAAAAUAAUCAUCAGUGCUUUGUUAUGUCUGGCCAUGUUUGGCUCACUGGCACAUGCCUCGCCCGAGUGCCCCGUACCCAACGGGCGCUUUGCUGCCGGCGACCAGUGCGACGCCUACACAGAAUGCCAAGACGACGUGCCCGUCGCCAAGCUCUGCCCAGAUGGUCUGCUCUUCCAUCAACGCACCAAGGCGACAGGCGAGUGCACCUAUGCGCCCUACUCCACCUGCAAGGAGCGCUCGCGGCUGCAGCCUGCCAACGGCACGGACGAGUGUCCGCGCCAGUUCGGCUUCUAUCCAAAUGGAGAUGAGACCAAGUGCGGUGUCUAUCGUAACUGCGCCCAUGGUGUGGCCAGCCUGACUAAAUGCCCCGAGGGCUUAGCCUUUAACGAGGAGACCUAUCAAUGCGACUGGCCCGAUCUGGUGGGCAGCUGCAAUGCGGAGGCUUUUCUCGGUUUCAACUGCCCCGCACCGGAGCUGGUCGAUGGCAUUGCUCCUGAAGUCGAUGUCAGUCCCGAAGGCGAGCUGCGCUACUAUCGUCACCCGCAGACCUGCAAGAAGUACUUCGUGUGCGUCAAUGGUCAUCCGCGACUCUACAACUGCGGCAAGUAUCUGGCGUUCAAUGCCCAGACGAAGCUGUGCGACUUCUACAACAAAGUGCCCGAGUGCUACGCACUGCUCAAGGAGAAGCAGAAGCAGAAGGCUGAACGCAAGGUGCCCGUCCUGGGACAGGCCCUGGAAUAGGACUCUAUUCCGCGCAGAGCGUGCUCAUAGAGGCUGACUCUAACAGAGGCUCCCUUUUAAGUGACAGAGUUUGUACAUAAAUGCAAAUCUUAACAUUUGUUUGUGUGUUGCCUAUUGAAUAAAUUAAUCGC